AUGCUGUCCACACCUCUUAUAAGCCCUACUGCACACAGCGGUUGGCCAUUUCUCCUUCUGCGCAGCUUUUUUCUCGCAGGAAUACUGGCAUACUGCGUCAGAUGGUAUUUGCAAUAUCGAAAAGUUAAGCUGGAAGAGGAAGCUAUCGCGGCUCAACACGGUUGCAAGCCGGUACAGGCAACUCUACCAUAUAGAUGGCCUUUUGCGCUUGACCUUCUCAAGCGCCAGUACGAUGCGUUGCCUAGCGGCCGUUUGCUAGAGUUCCAGACACGGUAUAUGAAGAUUGCUCCGACUCUGAGGAUUGAUAUUCUCGGAGAAGGCUAUAUCAUAACCGAUCCUGUUAACAUCGAAGCAAUCUUGAGCACUCGUUUCGAGGAUUUUGGCUUAGGUUCCCGCCGGAUAGGGCUCAUGCCCCUGCUAGGUGAAGGUAUCUUCACGCAAGACGGGCCAGCGUGGCGCCACUCUCGGGAGCUAUUACGUCGUCAAUUUUCACGCAUCAGAGACUCCGAGCUCACGGCAUUUGAAGAGCAUACAGACAUACUUGUCCGCGCUCUUGAGCACGAGUCACAGAUGUCUACUGUUGUGGAUAUGCAGCCUCACUUUUUUGAGUACACAUUGGGUACCACUACGCAUCUUCUUUUCGGUGAGCCACAUCACAGCCUUCCCGAACAUGAAAGGCUUGCUCUCUGCGACAAUUUCGACUAUGCGACGUUGAUUUCAGCUAUAAGACUUCGUCUAGCCGAUCUUUCCUGGCUCUACACGCCAAAGAAAUUCCGAGACGCUUGCAAGGGCGUUCGGGACUGGGCUACCUUCUUCUCCGAUAAAGCAUUGGACUUCAUGGAGGAACACGGCGAAGAAGCUGCCAUGGUUAAAUACUCUUUCAUUGUAGACCUCUGGCGUGAUACGCAUGAUCGAAACAUUGUUCGGGAUCAGUUGUUGCACGUUCUUAUAGCCGGUAGAGACACUACGGCCUGUCUUCUCAGCUGGACAUUUUUUCACCUCAUCCGCAAUCCCGAGUUAAUUGACCGUCUGAGAUCCGAGAUGGCUAGCGCAGCAACCCCCAACAGUGGCAUUCUUACGCGGAAACAUAUUCAACAACUUCCAUUCCUAAGGUGUUGCCUCAAUGAGACACUUCGUCUGUACCCGCAACUUCCUGUCAAUGUCCGCUUCGCAAUCCGUACUACCAUCUUGCCCCGCGGCGGUGGGCCAGAUGGCGAAUCACCCGUCUUACUCCGCAAAGGCGUCGGCCUCGGGUGGUCUGCAUAUCAUCUGCAUCGAAACGAAGCUAUAUAUGGUCCUGAUGCUUGCGUAUACCGACCGAGUCGGUGGGAAGACGGUGACUUGAUCCGCAAAGCUGGGCUCGGUGGCUUCUUAGAUUUUCAUGGUGGACCACGCGUAUGUCUCGGCAAGGACUAUGCAAUAAUGGAGUCGAGCUAUGCGAUCGUGAAGAUCCUGCAAAGAUUUCCUAAUAUUCGACUUCCCCCCGGUGUACCCAAUGAGCCUGUUGGAGGGGAGAAGCAGAACCUGGGCAUCGUUUUGACUAGCGCGGAAGGAACCAAGGUUUUGCUUGAAUAA